CUCGGUGGAAGUUUCCUGUAAAAAUUCUGCCAACCGUACGAACUGACACCAGACCUGUGUUGGCUUCCCCAGUAGAUAAAUAAGCGGGCAUAUUUCUGAUUGCUGACCUUUAAUGUUUACAAGAAAGAAGAACAUCUAAUGAAUGAUGGAAGAUGAUGAUGAUUUUCCAAAGACAGUAAUCCUAGGUGAUCCAGCGAAGAACAGCAAGAUUAAGAUACAGUGGGCAGACAACUCAUUUAGAGUUGGUGCUGGACUUCAAAUAAAACAAGAAACUGAGCUGGAUUCAUUAACGAAUGAAAAUGGAUCAUCUAUACAGACUACAAAUAAAGGUGGAUCUAAACUAGUAUCUAUCCUCAACAAGCCAAAUACUAGUAAAUUGCCAAAGAAAGAAAAUGAAAAUGGAAAGAUGGAAACCACCUCCACUGAAAUAAAGAAGGAAUUGGAUCAACAAGAGCUUAUUCCCCAUAAUCAAAAUGUAUUGUCAGAGAAAUGUGUUUCAAGUAUUGCUGGUUCAGACCAAGAGUUGCAGGCAGUUAAGCAUGGAUCAGAAAAGACUUGUUCUAGAGAAGAUAAAAUUGCAGAGAGUGGAGCAGACAGUUGUAAAGAAGAAAUUUUGGCUGAUGAAAUGGAUAAAGGAAAUGGAAAUACUAUGAUUGAUAAAGAAUUUGCUGAUGUUUCUACUAAAAAAUCAAAUUGUUCCUCACAAAGCAGCGAAACCAAAAUAAAAGAUGAACCAGAAAAAACAAAAUCUUGGGUGUCUAUUCUGAAAAAAAUAGGCAAUGCAGGUUCUUCAUCAUGUGAUACUUCAGUUUCAUCAGCAUCAAUUUCUAAGAUGAAAGACAUUAUAUUGCCUAUAGUGAAUUUGGACUCAGACCUGAGUUCUUUAGUUAUAUUAGCAAGCAAACAGCAAAACUCUCAGCAACCCCAGAUCACCAUGCAACAAAGCCAGGCAGAGGAGCUUCAUGGUAAAUCUGUGUUAGGGAGUACUCCGUCAUCUGAUGAGAAGAAAGCUCUAAACAAGAAGAAGAUCUACUCGGUAUCUUUGUUAAACAUGUUAAACCAAGCUCCUCUUUCUAAAGGAUUUAAGCCUCGAUUAGUUCAGUCGCACGAAAUUGAAAGAUAUUUGACACCCAAACCGACCAACACUAAAAAGUCCGCUACUUUGAUUUCAUUACUUAAUGGCAAAACUUUCUCUUCAGCAAUGUCUAUUGACGACAAAAAUGGAGAAUGUUCUAGUAAACCGAACACAUCAUGUGGAAAGUCUGAUACUUCUGCUAAUGACAAAAAGAUUUUGAAAAGGAGACUAAACAGUAAAGAGUCCAAUGUUUCAAAACCAAAUAAAAGAAGGCGACCCAUGAAGAAAGAUGAAAUGGAAUCUGAUUUCUAUGAUGAAUUUUUCUUAAAUUCUGCAUUGGAUUAUGAUACUAGUAAUGAAAUGGAACCAGACAUUGUCUCCCGGGAUGAAAAGAACUACUUCGAUAAGUUCAUCGAAAAAGAAGACAGCAACCCGGAACAUCAUUCUGUUGAGCGCGAAAGUAUUGAGAGGUGUGGUAUACAGAAAUCUGGUAGAGUUGAAACACCAAACUAUUUUGUCGUCAAGCAAGAGGUCCUUGAUCCAGACUAUGGAGAUGUUUCAUCAAUUCCUUUUUCAGAUGUAGAAAAUACAGUAGAAAAUCCCACAGAGAAAUCAAUAAAAGAGGAGAUCUGUGAUUCAGAGUAUGGGGAUGUCCCAGAAGAUUUUGCCUCAAAUGUCGAAAAUGCAUUGACUCGUAUUAUGCAAGGAAGCUCUAUGAUAAAGUCAGUUUCUAAACCAAAAUGUGAAAAAGUACAAGUGGAUUCACUGACAAAUGUAGAAAAUGAAGAAUCAAGGAAUUCUUUUAAAACUUUGUCCGUCAAAAAAGAGGUGUGUUAUCCUGAAUACGAUGACAGUCACAUGUUUGGAAAACCUGAUAAUGAAAUGAGGGAUGUGACUGACCAAUCGGUACCAAUUAUUAAACAGGAGGUAAUAGAGUCAGAAACGGACAGAUUACCUCCAGUAUUAUCACCAAAGAAGGAAGUGAAUGAUUCCAAUUAUGAAGACUACAGUGACGAGAAUCAUGAUGCCCCACCUGUCUUAGAAAAGGAAUGCUAUCCAUCAACUGAUGAAGAUACAAGCUCACAAACACAGUCCAAAGAGUUUACAAAUCUUGCAGAAUCCAAGCAAACUAGCUCUAGCGGAGAUAGAUGUCUUAUUUGCAAAGAAAUACUUACAUGCCAUAUUUGUGAUGCUGCAUUUCAGAGUACAGAAGACUAUAAUGUUCAUAAGGCUCUGCACUUUGGGCAGCGAGUAAUAUCAGCUUCACAGAGUAAGAAAUUGCUCAUCCUAAAACCAGAAAAUGUUCCAUGGGACAAGUACCGUCGAAAACAUAAAUGUGAAUUUUGUGAUAAGGCUUUUAAUCGCCCAUCCAAUUUAAAAGAGCAUGUUCGGAUCCAUACUGGCCACUAUCCCCAUAAGUGUCAAAUGUGUGGGAAAGGAUUUCAUACCAGACGUAGAUUUUUGACGCACAUGGUCCGACAUGAGGAAGAAGAGGAAAAGUUAGAAUUUGUCUGUACCCCAGUAUCAAGAGAAGAUCCUCAACCAGUAAAGAAAACUGUAGGAGAAAAGUCUGGCAACAGAGUGAGAAAAACUAGCCAUCCCCCAAGACAGAAUGCAAAAGAAGAGGAGGAAAACACAGACAUCCUAUUCCAGAAAAUGUCUACUAGUAUAUCUCUUCAAUCAGACAAAGCCUCUUUCAGUUCACCUCUAUGUAGAAAAUAUGUUUGCAGUAUUUGCAGUGAAAGCUUUGAGCAGGUGACCAAGUAUAGAAUUCACAAGAUGGAACAUCGUGGUGAAAGUCCACAUUCCUGUAAAACCUGUAAGAAGUUGUUUUCUUGUAAGUCAGACCUUGUGAGGCAUGAAGCAGCCCACUCCACCUUAAAGCCACACACCUGUAGGAUUUGUGGGAAAUCUUUUAAACGUCCCAAUGCACUGAAUGAUCAUAUGAGUUUGCAUAGCUAUGUGGAGAGACUUUCAUUUUUAAAAUCUGUGGAUAGUCCAGCAGAUAAACUGGAGCCUGAUGUCAAUGCAGUUGUGAAAAGUCUUACAGAGUCAAAUAGUCAAGCAAGUAAUUCAAAGAAAAGAGAGGAAACGCUUUACACAGAAGAUGGACAGAAAAUGGUAAAUGGUAAAUUCUACUGUAAGGAGUGUAAUCUUUCUUUUAGUGCAAGGAGGGAGUACUCUAUUCACAGAUUCCAGCACAAUGGAGGCCAGCCACAUCACUGUGAAAUCUGCAACAAAAUAUUUGCAUUUAAGUCAGAUUAUAUUCGUCAUUUGGCUACUCACAUAGGGAGAAAACCGCAUGUUUGCCAUUUAUGCAACAGUACAUUUUCCAGAAAGUAUUAUCUUAAAAAACAUAUGGAGAAGCACAAGGACACACUAAUUGGUUUAAAGGGGAAGUUAAAGAAGGCUAAUCAAGAAAAAUUUGAAAUAGAAAUCGACAAUGCAGAAAGGUGUUCCAGUGAUGCCUGCAGCGAAAGUGAACCGGAAAGCAUGAACCAAACUGGAAAAUUGGAAACCAGUUAUGAUGAAAAUGGAGCAAUGUUUUUGGUUGUGACUGAUUGUUAAUGUGAAAAGUGAUUUUUAAACAAGAUGAACAGAAGAAAUUAAUUUUUCAAAAUCAGUCAGAGAAAUAUGCAAUAUACAUGUAUGUACAUAAAUUGAGUUACGAUAGUUUCGAAGAAAAUCAGGCAGAUUUUAAAUUAUUUAGUUUGUGAAUUAUUUCAAGUGUCUUCUUAAUUAUUUUUAAUUUUUAGGGAUAUAAAGAAAUAUUCAUUACAUGUAAUGGUCAAAGUAAAGUUAAUAUUAAUUGUGGUCUGUAAUAUUGGUAAUCAUUUUCUUUUCUUUCAUCAGCAAGUAAUUAAAAUAUU